AUGGGACAAUUAUGUAUUGAGAAACCAAAACAAAAACACUCAGAAGAUAAUUUACAUGAACUCAAUCCAUAAACUUAAAAGUAUCCAUAAACUUAAGAAUCCUCUCUUUAAAAUCCAAAUUUGUCAGAAUAAGAAGUAAAAGAUAAAACUCAAGUUAAAUUGCUUGAUUCUGUAAACACUCAUUAAAAUUUAUCUAUUCAUGAUGUUUAUAAAAUUCUUUCUCCUCCAUUAGGGAGUGGUAAAGCUAAUAUUAAUUUCAGGGUCAUAUGCUGAAGUGCGUAAAGGUGUACACAAAGUUUUAGGUAUUACAAGAGCAAUAAAAAUCAUAUCAAAAUCCGAAGCCACCAAUGAAGAAGUUUCUAGAGUCUUACAUGAAGCAGAAAUACUUAAAUAGUUGGUAAGAAAUAUUUAAUUUAGGAUCAUCCUAAUAUAGUAAAAAUUCUAGAGAUAUACUAAAAUUCUGAAUAAAUUUUCAUUGUGACUGAAUUAUGUACAGGAGGUGAGUUAUUCGAUGCAAUUGUGGAAUCUCAAUAAUUUUCAGAGAAAGAUGCAAUAAAAUUAAUUAAAUAGAUAUUACAAGGAUUAAAUUACUGUCAUCAACAUAAAAUAGUUCAUAGAGAUAUAAAACCAGAAAAUAUAUUAUUUGAAAGUAAGGAUAAAAGAGGAACAAUAAAAAUCAUUGACUUUGGAACUUCAAGAGUAUUUGAUCCUCAUUAAAAAAUGAAUCAAAAAAUAGGAACUGUAAAUAUUUAUUUAAUUCUUUAGCCUUACUACAUAGCUCCAGAAGUUUUAAAAAAAAAAUAUGAUGAAAAAUGUGAUAUGUGGUCAUGUGGAGUGUUAACUUAUAUUUUAUUAUGUGGUUAUCCACCAUUUAAUGGAAAAUCAGAGGCAAAGAUUUUAGAAAAAGUAGAAUAAGGAAAAUAUGAUUUUAAUUCAGAGGAAUGGGAUAUUAUCACAGAAGAAGCAAAAGAUUUUAUUUCUAAAUUGAUGGAAAAAGAUCCUUUCAAAAGAUAUAAUGCAGAAUAAGCACUCAAACAUCCAUGGAUUGCAUAAUAAAAUGAGGAUGUUUAAAAUGAAUUACCAUAAAUUGACAGAGCUUUAAAGAAUAUGAAAACCUUUAAAGUAAAUCAUUCUUAAUUUCUUAUUUAGUCCACUAAAUAGCUUCAAUCAGCAAUUUAUCAAUACAUAGUGAAUCAAUUUUCAACCUAGGAAGAUAAAUCAGAAUUAUUGAAAACUUUUAAAGCCUUAGAUACUAAUAAUGAUGGGUAAUUAAGUAGACAAGAAUUAUUAAUUGGGUUAAGGAAGAUAAUGAAUGAAAAUGAAGCAAUCGAGGAAGUUGAGAGAAUCAUGAGAGAUAUUGAUUAAAAUAAUUCAGGAUCUAUAGAUUAUUCUGAAUUUGUUGCAGCUUCAAUAAAUAGAUCAAAAUUAUUAUCUCAAGAUCGUCUUGCUAAAACAUUUUAAGCUAUUGAUAAGGUUAAAUUUAAAUUUAUUUUAGGAUGGUAAUGGUUCUAUAAGUAUAGAUGAAUUGAAAUUAAUUUUUGGUAAUGGAUUAGUUCCAGAUUAAAUUUGGAAAUAAAUUAUCCAUGAAGUUAAUGAUAAAGAAGAGAUAACUUUUUAAGAUUUUUCAGAAUUAAUGCUAAAUUUGGCAUUUUGA